ACCACAAAGAGUUUAUUGAAACAAAAAUCUGUUGACAGUGCAUUACAAAUUAAACACACACACAGACACACACACACACAUAGCAAAAACAGAAGUUUUAAAUGAAUAGCACAGUUUCAAAAUACAAGUAAUUAAAUAUGAUAUAAAUAAUCCAAAGUAAAAGUCCUAUCAUCUUUAAGUACUUGAUCUUCUUAAAAGGUACUUGCUUUGCAAUGCAUCUGGAAAUAUUCUGUGAAUCUGUGCUAUCUGAGUGCGGUAGAGAAAACUUAGCUCUCUAUGUACAUAAGAGUAUUUCAUUCUAUUUCUGAUUAUGGUAUUAAAAGCUGUUGUUCCCAUCUUUGUGUGUUUACAUUGGUAUGACUGUUAUGUCACCACUUUUCUCCUGUCUUUCAAGUUAAACUAAGCCUGAAAUUCUCCUGAAAACACUUGUAGCUGGAGAAUGUUGCACAUUUCAUGGCCUUGGCCUCAUGCAAGCACCAUUAAGAAGACACUCUGUUGUCAUCACUUGCAUUCACCUCAUUAAAAGAAAACUGCAGAUGAAGGAACUUUAUGAAAGAAUAUAUAAAAUACUUAAACUAUUAGCAAACAUUUAAAUGUAAUAUAUAGAUAAAUACAUCAUGAACAAUUGAGCUUCAUAUAAUAAAAAAUAAUAUAAUAAAAAAGUUGAUUUCAACAUUUGAACAUAGAGAGAUGCAUUUCCUUAUAUCCAUAUAUAAAAGAUGCACUUCAUUAUACCAAUACACUUCAUUAUAUCAAUACAUGAAAAAAACACUCAUGUGAUUAUCUCAACAGAUACAGAGAAAAGAUUUGAGAAAAAUUGACCAUCCUUUGUGAUCAUCAUUUUCAACAAACAAACAAUAGAGGAGAGCUUCCUCAAGGUGAUGAGGCACAUCUACACAACAGCAACAGGUAACACAUUUAAUGAUGAAACACUGAAUAUUUUCCCCAAAGAUACUGAAGAAGAGAAGGAUGUCUGACCAAUCCUAUUCAGCAUUGUUGUUGUACUGAGAUUCUAUACAGUACAAUAAAGAAAGUGUGAAGAAAAAGGAAGGAAAGACAUGGAUAUGAGAAAGAAAGAGAGAAGUAAAAAUAUUUUAUUUACAGACAACCUGAUCCUCUGUGUGCAAAUAUCCUUAAAAAUCUACAAAAAUUUCACUGAAGUUAAUUAUCUGAGUUGAGCACAAGAUACUAGACCAAACAAUUGCAUUUCUAUACAAUAGCUAAUAGCAAUCAGAAAUUAAAACUAAAACAACCAUUUAUAAAAUAAAAUACUUAAGGAUAAAUAUUGGCAGAAUUUACACAAUGCAAACUACAAAAACUCUGAUGAAAGCUUAAUGAAUACUUAAUAAAAUGAAAGUAUCGACCAUGUUUACGGGUUUAAGCAAAGACUUUUAUAUGAGAGACAAUAUUUUAAUUGAUAAAUUGGACAUAAUCAAAAUUAAAACAUCUGGUCUUUGUAAGACACUGUAUAAAAAUGAAAUGAAUCUGUCAGCUGAGGGAAAAUAUUUUUAAAACACAUAUCUGACACAGGACUCGUAUUCAGAAUUAAAACAAAUGCUUACAGCAUAUUAAUAAGACAACAAGCAUUCCAACUGAAAAGACAAAACUAUCUGAACAAUUACUUCAAAAAGAACAGUACAGAUGGCAAAUAAACAUAUAGAAAAUAUAAUUAACAAUAUUGUCAUUAGGGAAAUAUAAAUUAGAAUCGCUAUUCAAUACCUGAAUAUAAAAAUUAUCCAUCCUAUUAGAAUGAAUACAUUUUAAAGUAAAACUGACAACUUCAAGUUCAGGCAAGUAUGUAAAGUAAUAGGAAAUACUUAUACAUAGCUGGUGAGAAUGUGAAAUGGUAUGGUAACUUUAUAAAAUGAUUUGCAGCUUCUGAUAAAGUUGGAUAUAUGCUUGCAAUAUAACGUAGUGAGCCUACUUCUAUUUAUACAAGAUAAAUAAAAACAAAUGUUCACACAAAGAACUCUAUAUAAAUGUUUUUAGCAGCUUUGUUCAUAAUAUACAAAAAUUGGUAAAUAUCCAGAGUUCCUAUAACUGGUGAAUGAAUAAGCAAAUUGUGGUACAUUCAUACAGUGGAAUACUACUCAGCAAUGAAAUGGAACAAACUAUUGAUACAUUAAGAGUGUGGGCUUUCCCCCCAAAACUACAAAAACACUGGAAGGCAACCUAGGUUUCAGAGAAAAGGGAAUGCUUAUACGCUGUUGGUGAGAUUUUAAAUUAGUUCAACCAUCAUGGAAAGCAGUGUGGUGAUUCUUCAAAGAGCUAAAAACGGAACUACCCAUAGAACUGCAAUUCCAUUACUGUGUAUGUGCCCAAAAGAAUAUAACUCUUUCUACCAUAAAGACACAUGCAUAUGAAUAUCCACUGCAGCACUAUUCACAGUAGCAAAGACAUGGAAUCAACCUAAAUGCCCAUCAGUGACAGAAUGGAUAAAGAAAAUGUGGUACAUAAGUAUCUUGGAAUACUAUGCAGCCAUAAAAAUGAAUGAAGGCAUGUCUUUUGCUGGAACAUAAAUGGAGCUGGAGGACUAUUAUCCUUAGCAAACUAAUGCAAGAACAGAAAACCAAAUACUGCGUGCUCUCACUUAUAAGUGAAAACUAAAUGAUGAGAACUCAUGGAUGCAGAAUGAGAAACAACAAACAGUGGGCCUAUUUGAGGGUGGAGGGUGAUAGGAGGAGAGGAUCAGAAAAAAUAACUAUUGGGUACUUGAUUUAGUGCCUGCGUGACAAAAUAAUCUGUACAACAAAACCCUGUGACAUGAGUUUAUCUAUAUAAAUUAAUUAAUUUGUUAAUAAAUUAACACAUGUAUUAAUUUAUUUUAGCUACCACUGAACCUAAAAUAAAAGUUUUUUUAAAAAAAGAAAUAAAUAUGUGAGGAUUGGAAUGAUUAAAAAACAAUUUUGGUUUGCAUAAGCUGGUUGUGUACAUUAAAAAAAUCAAAACAAAGCAAAUAUAAGACAAAGAUAAAUGCAAAAAUCAAUUGCACCUUUCUAUACUAUUAACAAAGAAUUAGAAAAUAUAAGAAAAUCAACCAUUCACAAUAGCCGCAAAAUAUAAAUGGUAGCAGAGAAUAAGCUACCCAUACAGUUAUGGUUUAUUUCUUCUUCUCUUCAAUCUUUCCUCUAAGUUCAGUUUCUCAAUUUGACCUAAUUUGACCAUCUCAUUUAAAAUUGCACAUCCCACCCCACAAAUGCUAACUAGUUUUUUCUCUAUUUUUUCAUUUAUUACCUUCUAACAAACUUAUAAUAAUUAUUUGUUGCCCAUUCCUACAUCUUCUCUCUCCAUGAAGAUAGGUAUUUUUUGUCUGCUUUGUUUACUCUUGUAUUCCUAAAGCCUAGAACCUGGUAAGUGUGCUACAUACCUAGUACAUAGUAGAUGCUCAGUAAAUAUUCACUGAAUAAAUGAAUUCAUUGAAAAUUAAAGAAAACAUAGGUUUAUAAAGUGCAUUAUGCUAAGCGAAGAAUGCCAGGCAUAAAAGGCUACAUAAUGUAUCAUUCCAUUUAUAUAACUUCUACAAGAGUAAAAAAAUAUCGAGUAAAAAAAUCAUAUCAGUGGUUGUCAGCAGGAGCAAGGGUAGCAGAAGAUGGUUGACUAAAUAGGAACCUGAAGCUUUCCCAAGCGGCUGCCGAAGAUGGCGGAGGUGCAGGUCCUGGUGCUUGAUGGUAGAGGCCAUCUCCUGGGCCGCCUGGCGGCCAUCGUGGCUAAACAGGUACCGCUGGGCCGGAAGGUGGUGGUCGUACGCUGCGAAGGCAUCAACAUUUCUGGCAAUUUCUACAGAAACAAGUUGAAGUACCUGGCUUUCCUCCGCAAGCGGAUGAACACCAACCCUUUCCGAGGUCCCUACCACUUCCGGGCCCCCAGCCGCAUCUUCUGGCGGACGGUGCGAGGUAUGCUGCCCCACAAGACCAAGCGAGGCCAGGCCGCUUUGGACCGUCUCAAGGUGUUUGACGGCAUCCCACCGCCCUACGACAAGAAAAAGCGGAUGGUGGUUCCUGCUGCCCUCAAGGUCGUGCGUCUGAAGCCUACAAGAAAGUUUGCCUAUCUGGGGCGCCUGGCUCACGAGGUUGGCUGGAAGUACCAGGCAGUGACAGCCACCCUGGAGGAGAAGAGGAAAGAGAAAGCCAAGAUCCACUACUGGAAGAAGAAACAGCUCAUGAGGCUACGGAAACAGGCCGAGAAGAACGUGGAGAAGAAAAUUGACAAAUACACAGAGGUCCUCAAGACCCACGGACUCCUGGUCUGAGCCCAAUAAAGACUGUUAAUUCCUCAAAAAAAAAAAAAAAAAAAAAAUAGGAAUCUG